AAUAGUUUAUUGAAAUUUAAGAAAAAAUACAAAAGAAAUAAAAAUAAAAUUUAAGUAUUUAAAAUUAUUGUGAUAUAAUGUUAAAAAAGUAUUAACAAUAGUGAAUUAGUAGUACAACAUUUCGCUCAGAAAUUUUAAUUUUUAUGCACCUAAAUGAAACAUAAACGUCGUAAAAAGUUAAAAUGAAAUUCGAAGAAUAUAAUUAUAACAUGUAUGAGAAAGAUUAAAAAUUUUAUUCUAAAAAUUAAGUUAACACUUUAUAAAUUGUACUUUAAUCUUAUGAUGCAAGCACGAGCACAAACUCAAGCUACAACAUUUACAAAUCCUGGAGAUGUUAAUUCAAAUGGAUGCUGUUCUUUUAUGUGUAUUUCACAACCAUUAAUUUUAUUAUUUAUAACAUUAAUAGUAACGACAACAGCUACUGCAAUGCUUUCUGCUGCUAUAAUGACCGAUCAUUGGGAGCAUAUUAAUUGGGAUUCAGAAAGAUUAAAUAAAAUUAUAAAUAAUGUGACACAAACAAUAAGAUGGAUACAACCAAGGGGGAGAAUUUUAGAGAUAACCAGUCAUCGUAUGUAAUAUAUCAUAAACCAAUAUUUUUGAUACCAUUAUAUGGUGGAAUAUGGACAUUAUGUAUGGAUGUAACGCAUAAAGAAAUAAGAUUACUAAGAGAAAGAGCUAGAUAUCGUCAUGGUUUAUGUUCUAGUUAUUUAAAUAUUUCCAUAGAACGUAGUCGACGUGAAGAGAUGAGAGGUGAUUGGAGUCAUAAUGAUGCUCAAGCGUCUAUUCAACCCCAUAUGCGAAUGCAAAAUUUAUCAAUAUCAUGUUCAUUAGUGUGCCUAAUAAUACUUGGCAGUGCCGCUUUAGUAGGAGCUUUUGGUAUAUGCCAAAAACAAAUUAGUGCCAUAUUAAUUACUGGUAUAAUGUAUUUGUUAGCAGCUUUAUUUGCAUUAUUUACUUUAACAAUAAUUCAUUAUAAACGUCAACAUGGUCGCCCAAUUGUUGAAAGUGAUUUUGAUGACAACAUGGUUGAUGGUAUUGUUACACUACCAGGUGCUAUGAGACAUGCACAUCGCCUUUUAAGUGCUAGAAUAAUUGCUUUUUCUUGGAGUUUACAAUUAGGAUGGGGCGGUGUUCUUUUAUGCACUUUAACAUCAGGACUUUGGAUAUUAUUAUCUAAAGUUUUAAGAUAUAAUCCUAUUUCAGCUUUUGCUAUAUGAACUUAUUUUUUUGUUUUCUUAUAUAAAUUUUAAAAUAUUUUUGUACUUUACAGCAAAAAUUAAAUUUUAAGAUGAAAAACAAAGAAAAAAAAAUUUAUAAGUAACAUAUAAAUGUAUAUAAAUAUUGCAUACGUAUAUGUACAUACAUACUUAUAUAAAAUAACAAAUUUUGAAUUACAGCU